AUGAAGCGUUAUUCCUCGACUCGACAGUUGACGACGACGAAAACUGAUACGACGACAACGACCCGACCAACGUACAACGUAAAAAACGAUCUCAAAGACAUCGAAGCGACGCGAAUCAUUCAAAAGCAUCGCAAGGGCAGCUCCGAACCGGAAGUUGUUCUACCAGCAAUCAAGCAAUCGAUCAACGCACGCAAAAUCGGUGAAGAAAGAAGAACCGGCAAAAUUACCGGUCGCGGCGGGUGCGCCAAAUAUUGCGGCAACGCACCUACAUCCGGCAACAUUUCGUUCUCCAGCUUCCGCCAAUCUUUCACCUCAAAUGUCAAUUACUUGAAACGAAGGUUCUCGUCGGGAGACCUCAGCUCGGAGCUAGAUGACGACGAUACCAGCUCCGGGCUGACCUCCGUCAGCCAGCAGGACGCAGUGCCGUCCUAUCAGGGCACCGCCUCCUCCGAGAGGCCCCUGCAGUCCCAACCGACACCCGCGCCACCUCCCAGCCAGCCUCCGGUCCCCGGAGCACCACCCUCGGGGGCACAGCAGCCGGCAGGAGGCGACCUGAGUCUCAAUUUGCGCCCCGGAUCGCGGACCACCAGCGCCCCUUCAUCCCCAGCUAAAACCAGGGAGAGUCUUUUGCAGAGGGUUCAGAGCCUGACAGGAGCUGCUCGUGACCAGGGUGCUUCGAUCUUGGGCGCCGCGGUUUCUGGAGCAACGCGCGGUCCUUCCUACAACAAGGAUCGCUGCUUCACUCUGCUAGUGGUGGACGACCAGAACACCGAUUGGAGUAAAUACUUCCGAGGACGUCGGCUCCAUGGAGACUACGAGAUCCGGGUUGAGCAAGCCGAGUUCCGAGAGCUUUCGCUCACCGCAAGCGAGGCGGGAACGAUCGUCUCCAUGGCGGUAUUUCGAAACGGCACAAAAGUGAUUCGAUCCUUCAAACCAGACUUCGUGCUGGUUCGUCAAAAUCUCCGCGACGCUGGCGAAGAUUACAAGAACUUGUUACUAGGAUUGAUGUACGGGGGUGUUCCGAGCGUCAACAACUUGACGGCCAUCUACAACUUCCAGGACAAACCGUGGGUCUUCGCGCACCUGCUUGGGCUGCAGCGCCAUUUGGGACGAGACAACUUCCCACUUAUCGAGCAAACCUAUUAUCCCAACCACCGCGAAAUGGUGACUGCCUCGAAGUAUCCAGUCGUGGUGAAGCUCGGACACGCGCACGGGGGAGUCGGAAAAGCUCGUGCAGAGACCAGCCAGGAAUUCGCAGAUCUUGCAUCACUCGCAGCCUUGUCGAACGCGUACGCAACGGCAGAGCCUUACAUCGACACGAAGUACGACGUCCACCUGCAGAAGAUCGGGAACAACUACAAAGCCUUUAUGCGCAAAAGCAUUAGCGGUAAUUGGAAGUCCAACACUGGAUCAGCGAUGCUGGAACAGCUGGCAGUCAUCGAUCGAUAUCGAGUAUGGGUGGAUCAAGUUUCUCAGCUGUUCGGAGGUUUGGAUAUUUGCGCCAUCGAGCUGGUCGUUGGCAAGGACGGACGCGAGUUCAUCAUUGAGGUAAAUGACAGCGCUUUGUCUCUGAUGGGCGACUCUCAGGAGGAAGAUCGACGCCAUAUCGCUGACCUCGUCACUUCAAAGAUGCAGGCUUGCUGUCGAUUGCCGAGCGCACUCACCAAGACCACAUCUCGAGGCUCGGUUUCCAGCACGAGCCAGGCGACAAGUCCCGUUGACGAACGACCGGCUCCGUUACCGCCAACCAUGGCUUCGCAUGGGAGUAUGAGCUCCAUGACGAGCAUGGGCAGCGUUGGAUCGAUGGGUUCGACAACAGCCCUUGCCGGCGACGUCACCACUUCUGACAGCCAUCAUCAACUUCAGCGUCGUGAUUCUCAAGCAUCGCAGUCGAGCACCGUGAGUAGCGCUCCAUCGGUUGGUCGUCGUCCAGAGGACCCACCUCUAUCUCGAGUACCGUUCCACCGUCAGGGUAGUCAAACGCAGGUACAAGGCGAGGAUACCGAGGACACGAUGAAGAAUCUACGGAAAACUUUUGCUGGAAUUUUCGGUGAUAUGUAAGGUAUUGUUACAGAUAUGCGACAACGACAGUGCGCAUUCGAUCAAGCAUCAUCAGGCGAUAAUAUUGUAAGAAGCGGAGGAGAAAGAAUUGAUGGGUUAGGGACGGGGGGGGGGGGGGGGGAUGCGAUUCGGAUGUACUCCCGGAUGUCAUGCCGUACCAAUUAUCAGGAAGAAGAGGGAAUGAAAUGAUGAUGAGUGGUGAAGUUUUUUUUCUUAUUUUUUAUUUUCAUUUUAAUUCUCCGCGUAAAUAUUGCCGGAAUUUUAUAAUAACGAAACAACGUUUUCGGUGACUUAUCCUGGUGUACUGCUUGAAGAUACGAGAGAUCAAAAAUAUGAAGUUGAAAAAAAAACCAAUACUAAUAAUAAUAAUAACGGUAACAAUAAUAUUGCUAAUAAUAAUGAUAAUAAUACAAGUAAUGAUAAUAACAUAAAUAAAAAUAAAGUAAAGAAUAUCUAAGGCAGAGGAAGAUGUUGUGGUAAACGUGCUUGGGGAAAUUGACGUAAUUUUAUCAUUUUAUGUUUUCGUUUUUCCGGCAAGAGAGAAAAUAAAAUAAGAAAUUGAAAAAAAGUAGGGAAAAAAUUUUAAUAUUGCCAAGGCAUUUAUAUCAUUUGCUGUUGCGAGCUUGUUGUAAUCGUUAUAAGUAUAGUUGCGUGAAAAAUCAUGGCCUAUAAAUGGGUCAUUCCAUGUAAAUUCAACGACGUUGCGACGGUGACCCUCUUAGAUUUUUAUGAUUUUUUAAUAUGUUCUUAUAUAUAUAGAAAGAAGUCCUCAGCUAAAUUUUUAGCUCUCUAUCUCUUCCCAUUCCGGAGUUGUCGAUUUUUGAAGAACUUAACGAAAAAAAUUCAUGUUUCUGACAACAAUUGAAAUAACCUAAUUCAAUACAAAAAUUUUUAAGUAUUUUUUGUUGCUCUUUCUGAAAAAACAUACAAAAAUUCAAAAAAAAUUUUCUUCAUGCUUUUUUGGCCAUUUUUAAUCGAAAAAUUGGAUUUUCGUUCAGUGGGACACUUUUGAUUUUAUUCAAAAAAAUUUACCAAAUUCUACGUUAAAAAACAAAAUUUUUGAGUCAUAAUAGAAGAUGGGGUUUCAAUAACUUCUAGUGAAAAUAAUUUAAAAAGCUACGCUCUGAGAAGGAAAUUAAAUCAAAAUCACCGAAAAAAAAUUUGUCUUUAAAUUAUUUUCACUAGAAGUUAUUGAAAGCCCAUCUUCUAUUAUGGCUCAAAACUUUUGUUUUUUAACGUAGAAUUUGGUAAAAUUUUUUGGAUAAAAUUCAAAGUGUCCCAUUGAACGAAAAUCCAAUUUUUUGAUUAAAAAUGGCCAAAACAGCAUGAAGAAAAUUUUUUUUUCAAUUUUUGUCUUUUUUUCAGAAAGAGCAACAAAAAAUACUUAAAAAUGUUUAUAUUGAAUUAGGUUAUUUCAAUUGUUGUCAGAAUAUUAAUUUUUUUCGUUAAUUUCUCCAAAAAUCGACAACUCCGGAAUGGGGAGAGAUAAAGAGCUAAAAAUUUAGCUGAGGACUUCUUUCUACAUGUAUAAAAACAUAUUAAAAAAUCAUAAAAAUCUAAGACGGUCACCGUCGAAACGUCGUUGAAUUAACAUGAAAUGACCCAAAUACAUACAUACGCAUAUUAUAGUGCUGUCGGAAAUUGUAAAUUUGCAAACUACUCCGAAGUGGAUCGAUAUAAAAUGAAUAGGAUGUAUGGGACGAGUAUGAUGGAACGUAAAGCAGAAAAAAACACGCGACCAAAAUGGUUACCUGUCGCUCGUCGCGAUAUUUGGUGGUAUUAAUAGUGUUGUGAUUUUAGUAUUUUUUCGGAAAUUUUGUCUGAAUUCAGUAGAUAUUUCAUUUUGACUGACACUUGAUUCUACAAUAAAUUCUACUAAAACUUAUUUAUUCACUUGCAUCAAGAAAAUGACUUAUUGGUGACAAAAAUUCAUACAUAUAUAUGCAAUAUAUACAUACAUACAUUAUAUACCAUAUUUUGACGACAUCGCUGAGUGAAUAAUCAAAUGAUCAGUUAUUGGUAUUUUUCCUUUGCCCUGCUAACUUGCACGCAACCGAUUUCUCAAGUCCAUUUGACGCAAUCUGCUACGUAAAUAUUUGAUAUUCUGUUCCGCUGUGGUGACCAGUUUUCGUUGAGGAAGAAUACUUUUCCUACCUAUCGGAAUUUUUAUAAAUAUGUUAUUGUAUUGCGAUGGAUUGUACAUGAUUUACUCGAUCAUUACGUAGACGUCAGGAGAAUGCUUCUUCUUUCAUACUCGUCAUUCCAAUGUGCAGAGUUUCAGAAAAGUAACUACGAACAGGAAUUAUAUAGCCGAGAGAUUGCAGUGUAAUGUUGAUAUUGCGAUGAUAUAUUGAAAGAAGCGCGAAAGAAAUGAGGAAACAAAGGUAGAUAUACAUAUUUAAAUAAGUAGGAAGGAAUUUUGAAUGAGGUCGAAAUUGAUCGAAGUAUUAUUAUUGCGGUAUGAAACGUAGUGAAAAUUGCGGUUGUUGCGGGUAGUGUUAUUGAAAAAUAACGGUUUGAAGCAAGUCGAACGGAAUAUUGAUAUUAUUGAUGAAAAUAAUAUCGCUGGCUGCUCUAGAGAUGGGAGCCCGUACUUUAAACGCACAAAUAGUUUUAAGAAUUACUACGGAGUGAGGAAAAAGUUUAAAAAUCACUGUCAGCAAAGAAUACCCAACGAGAGAGCUAAAAAAAAAGAAGAAAAAAACUUAUUAAUUAAGGUCUGUUAUUAAUUACGUAGUAAGCUAUAAUAAUGUAGGUACUAAGAUCCAGUCCUGAUUACGGCGGAACUAACAUCUAUAAAUUUUAACGAAUUUAAUAAUCGAGACGUUGAGUAAGAAAGGGCGAGGAUGAAGGGAGGGCGCAAUUAAAAUCGUAAAAUGAUAUUAAAUUUUUAACACUAGUUUUUAUGAUAUGAAACUGUUUCCAUUAGUACUAAAGUCAGAAUAACACUUUUCCAACACCUUUUCAAGGGUCGUCGAAAAUGCUGCACAGGACGACUCAAUUGGCUUUGAUACUAACCGGAACAUUCAUGUCAAAAAAGCUCUGAAGCUUAAUUAAGAAUUUGUAUAACUACGGUAAUGGCAUGUCGAUAUAAAGAGUGGAAAUCGAUUGAGAAUGGAAAGGAGUCCUAAAACACACAAAAAAUCGACUUCAUUUUUAGUGGUAGGAGUUCUCUGUACCGGCUGCAAUCUUAGCUGUUGAGAACUUUAACAUCUGACUCGGAGAACGGAGGCAUGAACAGUGUCAAAGAUGAGGAGGAAAAUGAUUGGCAUUUGAGGAGAAUCGUCGAUUGGGCAAGGUAUCUAGAAGGAAAAAGAAACUCGGAUGGUUUGCAAAUUUACAAAAAUCAUUGCGUUCGUCAAAUUGCCAUUUGGAGAUAUGUAAUAAGCUAGUUUAAGGGUUCUGAGAUCGGUAGUUGAUGGACACGGUUUGUGUAACGACAAGGUAUCGAUAAGCCUGCCUCUGAUCUUGGCUCAAAGAAAUCGGUCGUGCUUCAAAAUCCGAAUGUCACGGUUAACACGCGUUUGAAUUAUUCAUUGCAUCCACAUAUUCAAGAUGUCACGUCUAGUCGAGUAACGAGCACAAUCAGUGAAACCGUUCACGGGACGAAAUUGCGAUAUUCUGACACGCCAUACAUACGCAGGUACUUUCGUUGAAAAUUUGUUCCUGAUGUCAACCGGUCCUUCCGUAUACCAAAAGAUGUUCAUUUGCCAACCUUGACAACAUAAAUAUACAAUACGACAAAGUCAAUCUCGUCAAUUCAAUCACGUAAUACCGAAUCAAUUCUAACGAGUUGAGUCAGAGCUGACAAUAUAUGCAACGAAGAUACCGGUCGCUGUUCAGCUUAUUCCCUGCUCCUGCAUGCGAGUGAAGAAUAUUGGAUGUAGCAGAAUAUCCAUUCGGCACACAGCUACGAAGCUCGGAAGCGAGACUUAAGUUGUACGAUUUCCCCGCAAACAGUCCAUUUUUUAACUUCAAUUAAUGAAUUCGCAAGUAAAGUCGUAUGACCGCGUUUUUUAAUGAAGAUUCGGGUACGAAGCUAUUAUUUAUCGCACACUUUUUUCCCGCCCUUGACAGUAAUAGGCGAGUCAACCGAAGUUAAAAGUCAGCCCAGUAAGCAAUCCGUUGAUCCAAAGAAGUACAAAGUUCACGAGGUGCCUUCGAAGAUCAGUUGAUAGUCGCUCCGGGCUUAGGCGAAGCUGUGCAACGCUCCGUAUUUACGCCGGUAUGAUUUCUUUGGCCCAAGAAGCUUAAGGCGCAAAUUGACAAGCUCGAGGAGUAGUGGCAUCGAAAAACGUACAGGGAUCGUCGCGAUCGUUGAAUGAGGAAAGCACAUGUCGAACGAAGUGAUGAACGAUCAAGCGUAGGUACGAUUAUAAUUGUUAAGGAAUAUCUCAGGGGGUGCCCCCGGGCACUAGGUGGUAAGAUAGGAAAUAGAAGAGACCGGUUUCUGCAAGUAAUAGAUGGUUUCAUGGGCCAAAUUGCUAAUACUAUAGUUAAAAGAAUAAAAAUACCAUGUAAACGAUCGUACUACGAUAAUAUGACCGGACGGAAUAUUUCGGACCAUGGACUUGGACUUGGAGACUGACGUCGACGCUAAUUUCAACGUCUGAUUCAAGAGGCGAUCGUGAACCGCAAUCGAAGCGCGGCACUUUGUCGCCGGAGAUGAUCCUGUUCUGACCGAUACAAGGCACCUUGAUCCAACCUUGAUCAGUGGCGACGUCAGGCGUGACGCCCUUCGAAAGGCAAGUGUAAUCGGCUUCGUCAUAGCGGGGCAAAAAUAUUUCACAAACUGAGAAAAGUAGAACAGUUUAGCAAUAGCCGAGUGACGAGGCGGCAGCCUGAGAUCGUUGACGAAUUUAAAUAACAGCAUCGGUUCAAUCCUGCUGCCAUUUUUCUCGCCAUGGGUGUACGCUGAUAUCGCAUGACGUACGACGUAUUUCACUUGCGUGAAGGAAAACGGCUGACGUUGAGCCAGUAUCGAGAGGUUUGGAUCAUGCUCGGUACAAAAUUACCGCGCUAAACGCGACGAAUCGAUAUUGACGAAAACAAAAUUGUGACACAUCUGGUAUAUGUAUGUAGCUUAUACGCUUCGUACAGACUUGUUGAAUAUUUGUUACUUCCAAGCUUUUUUAAUUUCAUCUUUUCUCGGUUCGAUUUUCUUUUUCUCCUUACCGCUUUCUUUCAUGUGUCCGUGUGUUGUUGUGAACCACAAUUAUAUUGUUGUUUGGUAUAGUUUCUUUUUUCAGUACUGAAUAGUAUGUCUAAUCAUAAUAAUGUAUAUGCAUAAUGUGUUCACCCCCAACUAAUAAUGUGGUGUAGCCCCCAAUAUAGCAAUAUCGUUAGUUUCAUUACUAUGCAUAUACUUAUAUAUAAGGUGAAAUACUGAGAAUAAGCACUCGCCGCCUCUAUACUUUUUUUUUGUGGCGUUGUUGUGCAAUUACUAAUUACUUUCAUCAUUCCGUGAUGAGAAUUAUUCAUUUUUCGAAACGGCGUCCCGGCAGCGCCAAGAGGAAAAACACGUCCUUAACUACAUGUAACACGUAUUCAUUUGUCAAUAAUACCGCGUCAUCGAAAUAGCCGCAAACUCAAUUUUGAUCAAAACCAAUCGUCAAUAUAUAAGACAGUGGGAAAAUUUUAAGAAAAAAUCAAAAAAAAGAAAAAAAAAAAAAACAAUACUAAAAUAAAUAUACUGACAGGAACUCGGGAAUAUUUUAUGCAUGCUCCGUAGCUUAUUAUCCCAUGCAUACUUGUACAACGUAUCCAUAUCGUUGUUGUGGAUUUUUGCAACAUUAUGAUCUUUUGUCGUUAUUUAUGCGCUGGCCGGAUUUUUCGGUUACUCUGUCAUCUCUUCGUGCUCACUGCAAUCUCGAUUCCCUUUUCCGAUCGCAAAGUUAAAAAUAAGUGAAAUAAGUCCUGGGACAUAGAGCUGGCUUGGAGUAUACUUGACAAAAAGGAAAAAAGAUAUUAAAAAGAUACGAGAAGUUCGGUGGGACUCUAUCGCCACUGAUUUUUAAUUGGGGGGACGGGGGGUAUGGCGAAGAUUUUUGCAGCGAGCGCGAGAGACUGACGCCAAGUACGUAAAUCCGGGCAGUAGUCCCGUGUAAUACUCUCUGUACGUGUCUCUUGUCUAACCACUAAAUACUUUAGUAAAAAUAAUUCGUGAAUAAAGAAUUGAAGAGAGAAAAAAAACUUGAAAAAAAAAAUGUAAGAGAAAAAAAAAAAAAAUAGUAAUCGUAGGCGCAUAGGCGCGGAUCGUGCCGAAUACCGUACGUUCGUUCCUUGAUUUCAACGCGUGCUAGCCACAUAUAAUAUCCACAUACCGAUAACUCAUGAAAAAAAAAAAAAAAGAAAGAAAACUGCUAAAAUCAGUAUGAUAAUAUACGUUACACGUAUAAUGUUAUCAACGAUAUGUAUCAAUGUUAUAAUUAUUACAUCCCAUAUUCUGCAUAACUGAAAUCUUAUAUAUAAUGUUAUAAUAUAUAGGAAAUUGUCGCAGAGUAAAAUAGCGCCGAAGAGAUAUUUGCAAACGCUCGAAUAAAUAGAAAAUAAAUAAACGCAGUUUCGAAAGCGCGUAUGCGAUGUAAAUUCUAAUAUAUCCGUUACAUAACUACAUAGAUGUAAUUGUACAUGAUCUAUAGAUCCAAUGAAGAGUAUAGCUGAUCGUACAGUUUGCCGAAGACAAGAAGUAACUCAACGAAAGGGAAGAUGUAAAAAAAAAAAAAAAAAUUAAGGAUAAAAUGCGAAGGUUUUAAUCUUAUGAGUUAUCACAAAACAAUUGAUUCCAAAAUUAUCAUACGCUAAACGCUCUAGCCACUGUAAUAACAUACCUAUAAUACAGACUCCACAGUUCUUUUUGGGCGAAUGUCGUAGCUAGUAAGUGUGCAUUACAAUUUAAGUAUUGCGUAAGCAGUAUAAAGUAUAUGUCCACACCUAAAAAUAUUAUUACAUAAUUGUAUAACACGUUUAUUGUAAUCUCCUAAUUAACGAUAAUAAUAUGUCAUAAAUAGUCACGGAAAAGUGAGGCAAGAAUUGAGAAUUACGGGAAAAGAACAACGGGAUGAGCAUCGAAAAUCGAACGAGGAAUGCAUGUUUGAUUUCUCCGGGCAUUUCCCGGGAGAUCAAAGAUCGGCCGACGUCGAGCGUCGCGGGGCGUCCCGGGAUCGCGACACCAGCCAUCCCAUCAAGGGACGCACCCCGCGACGCGGGACGCCCGAGAAGUUGAAGCGUAUAAAAGUCGUCGUAAUUUAGGUUUAUGACAAUAUAGCGUGUUUAUUAAUGAUCGAGUUAAGUCAGACGUUGUGACGCUAUUCGGCUAACUAAAAUAACACAUAAAACGCAAAUAUAUGAGCAAGAUAUAUGUGUACAUGUAUUAUAUAUACGAGAGAAGAACACGGGCAUGAUAAUAAUUCGAUCUGACCGGAUAUAACGAUCGUGGACGAUUCUUGAUGCGUAAAACAUCCUGAACAUCGUGCGUAACUCCAGCGUAUCAAGGCUUCGUCCAACGAUCGGCAAAACGGCCUAUUUCUACGUGUGUAAUCGGUGAUGCAAAGGGUGACGACAAACCGGUAUAUCAGGCCCCAAACAGAGGCCCGGUACCUGCACCCCGCCGAUCGGCGUCGCCUCUACAUGCCCAAAAUGUUACCAUUUCAGUAUAUAUGAUGAUAAGCGUUGAGCCAACUAUUUGGUAAGUGUCAGAUAAUUAUGAACUAGGUGUUUGAAGUUAAAAAAAAAUAUAUAUAUAUAUAUAUAUAAUUUAAAGCUACCAGUAGGUAUACAUGUAUAAGUUCCGCGUACGUAAAAAUUAAGGGUUAGGGGAUUAGGCGUAUAUGAUACAUAGGGUUGAAGCUAUAGCGAGGUAAGGGAGGAAUAAGGAGAAUUAACGAUUAGGGAAUAAUUAGCCGAUUCGUAAAUGAAUGAUGAAAAAGAAAAAAACUAAAAUCAAUGAAUUAUAAUAAUAUGGAUAUAGUAAUAAUUAACUAAUAGUAGCAAUUGAGGUGACAACGAACCCACGACGCGGGUUCGAGAGGUAACCUGGAGCCCGGGUCGCGGUCGUGCUUAGGUUAGUCUGCACAAACAAUGCGAUUGUUUAUCUCUAUUAUAUAAAGGAAUUAAUAAAUGAAUAUAAGAAUGGAUGAAUAUAUACAUAUAAUAUAUGAAUAAAUCUAUAUAUGUAUGUAUCCAUACAUUGAUAUAAAUGUAAGUAUAACCACACACAAAAAUCAAGAUAAGAAAAAAAAAAUUAAAAAUAACAAAAAAAAAAAAAAAAAAACAACCAACAGCAAAGAAAGAUUAAAUCAUACAUAAAAUGCGAGUUCUAUCUGUCAUCGUUAUUAUUAAGGAUUAUCGGAGUUUGGAAAGACUCUAAAAUUAGAACUGUAAGAGAAAUACGUAUAAUACAUAUACAUAUAUAUAUAUAUUAUUACUAUUGUAUAACACAAACACACCAAUUAUAGCAGGAGAAGCGAAAACCGAACGAGGUCGAUUUUAUAAUAUCUAGAAACAAAGAAGUUUAAAAGCUGCACAACACCUGCUUCCAGACAGAAUUUCUCCUCAGGUGCGCGGUUUCGCGGCAACAACGUAACUUCGCCUCAUUUCCGCAGUUCGAUCGGAGCUCCCGAACGGCGAUUUGAACGGGGUUCCCACUGGCCCGGGAACAGGGACGUCUGCAUUCCCUGUUCCGGAAACGUUCCGGCAGCCGCCGACGAGCGUUUGGCCGACUUAGAGCGCUCAGAACCCUCGCGAGAUCGUCCCGAUCGCUGCGGGGAUGAAUUUUCGUCUCCGGAAAGUAUCGGCCCAAGAAAUCGGCGCUGCCGUUCCUCGAGGAUGGCGCAAUGUGCUCGAGUCGUUGCGAAUGUUACCGGUAAUCAGGAUCCGCAGAGUUUUUCACCGCCGUUGCCGCGGUCGGAAACGCGCCCGAGUUUCAGGCGGUCCGCGGCGAUGGCGGCCGGACCGCGUUGCGGAAUUCAGCUGGGAACGCGACGUUGAAGCGCCGCAUGCGGUGCACUUCGGCCUGCAGUCAGAGCCGCGGGAUUAACGGCGUCGUUUUUUGGGUCCGAGCUGUUCUGGUAACGAAAGGCUGACGCGCGCUUGAACAGGAGGCGAUCUUACCUAAACCUCGAUUGUAAUUGAUUAAAGUGUCGAAGACUAUUAGGGACAGCGAUUAAUUCGAGCUAUGUCAUGUUUGGUAAUCGGUUGUUGAUUAUAUUAUAUAUACGAUCGCCAUAAUUGAUUACAAAACAUUUCAAAUGUUUCCUAGUCAUUGUGGUAGUUAUUAUAUAUGUAUAAGACUCUGUAUACCCCGUAGGUGUGACAAGUUUAAUCGAUGCAUACAUGUACGUAUAUAGGUAUAUAAUAAAUAAUGUUGUUGACAAUGUAUAUGCACAUAUAUGCGUAACAUUACACACCCACACCCACACACACACACACACACACACACACAUAUAUAUAUAUAGGUAGCCGGAAGGUUUUACGAUAUUUAAUGAUAAAUAUGAUAAUUAUUAUUAUGCAUUACUUCGGUAAUUUUACUAUAAUAUAUUAUUAUUAUUAAUUAUGUAUUAUAUAUAUAUAUAUAAUAUAUAGUAUAUAAUGUAGCAAUUCUCUCUGUACCCUUAAAAUACUCUGAUCUAUUUGUUGCGAGUGGACGCAAGUGCAACAAAUGUGUCGUGCGUGAAGAUUUAAAAGAAAAAGAAAACAAGUUGACAAAAAAAAUUGAUAAAACUCAUUAAAAUAACUAAAAAAAAAAAAUAUUAAUAAACGAUAAAAUGAAGAAACUUGAACAACGCAAAGACGUUACCUGGGAUUACCUGUCAAAAACUACUGGAACAAUGAUGAAAAAAAUCCUUGAACCCUCGUUAGAGAUAGGGCACGGUGUACCCAGAGUGCCCACUAGAAAAUCUGUUAAAUUAUGGUUAACUUAUUGUAUUGCAUUAAAUUAAUCUGUAAUAAUAAAUAUACGAGUAAGUA